AUGAACGCUGAGAUCACAUUUCUCGACGAGACGCUCAGUCUUAUACACAUCCCUCUCAGUCUAUAUUCACAAUUUCUGCAGCCGAUCCUGAGGAUUCUCCUUCCUCCAAGUAUAGAUCAUGGUGCUGCCUCGGUUGAGGAUCACCUCGACGGUCUGACCCUGGACCAGAAGCAUGGCUUCCUCAACAUCAGCGUGACGCCCAUCGAGUGCUCAGUUGUGUGCCAUGACGCCUGGGCAAAACAAAUCUUCAAGCCCAUCAUAGAGCGGCUGCCGAAAGAUGUUGCAAAGACAGUUUCCAUGUCCAAGGAGUCAUAUUGUGUCUUGCGGGUCUCGUCUCCUGGCAUGGACGCCGGCUCCCGGGUGGUCGACCUAACCUCGCCGCUUGCGCUUGCUGGCAUCCCCAUCUUCUUCAUCACCUCUUAUUACUCCGACUUCAUCAUAGUACCCAGCAGACACCGCCAGAGCGUGGUGCAUGCAUUGCUAUCGAGAGGCUUCGAGUGCCCUGAGGAUAGUCACGACUCCUUCGUCUCACCUGGCGCAUUAUCGCACAGUCGGGGUCUCAGCCAGGAGAGCGACGAGCCGCCCUCCACACCACCGCCGUCGAAUGUCGCCGAGCUGCAAGUGCGGACUUUCAAGAUGCUGAAGAAGCACAACGUCGUACCCAAUGUCGAACGCGGUCUCCUUCUGAUCCACUGCUCCGGCAAAGAAGCAUGGCGCGACGACGACUACUCAAGGCCGUCAAGGUCGCACAGCGGGAAUGGCAACCACCGCAAGGCCUCCUGGGUGGAUAUGGUCGACACCAAAUUUUAUACAAGCCUUGUCGCGGCGCUGGUCAGCCAGCCUCGAUUCCUGUCAGUGACCAUGACAGAAGAGGACGAGGCUUCACUUCUCAUCGAUAAGUCCUUGCUCGACAAGUUUGGUGAUUCACUGAUCGGUCCCACGGAGGUCGAUCUGGUGCCUAUCUUCCUGGAUCUCGUCGACCUGCCCUUCGAAGCCACGGGGAUUGUGGCUGGCGUAGCAGGCAAGCUCGCAGAGGAGUUGCAGAUGGAGGAGAAUGCCGAGCUGUCGUAUCUGUCCACUGCCAAGACGGGUGCGGUCAUCUUGUCGAGUGAGCUCGCGGACAAGGCUAUGGAAACCUUAAGUCCAUUGUUAGUCAAGCACGGCUGAAAGGCUGUUUGAAGCGGACAGGAUGGCUGUCUGGACUUUUUUUCAUACGUUUUCUGUGUUGAUUUCUGUGUGGACGGGUAACUUGCAUCAGACCGGGUUGGACUAGCGCUUCUUGGGCUCUUUUUCUCCUUUUUCUUUUCCUUUCGUCAGCCUGCAUUUGCAUCGACACAUCCUUCUCAUUGUCAUCAGCCGGCGUUGGGGAUGGCAGGUGAUGAAAUUUUUUCCCUUCUAUUUUCAUCCUUCCUUACAGAUGACUCUCAUCUGGCUGGAUCAUACUUUCUCUAUCGAUUUUCCCCCUUCUUGUUUUCUAGUUUACUGGGGUGGGAAAUGUGUGUUGUUUCGUCGAUUCAAUCCCAUCAUAGCGUUAUUUUGAGCAGUCAGCCGAAUUUUUGUCGAUAGAAAUACAAAACUCUGAACACUGG